UUCAAAGUCUCAACUUCUCAUUACUUCCAAACAUUCUCACUCUAAAUAUGAGUCACAACUCCUUGAAUGGAACUAUUCCUCCUCAAAUUGGUUCCUUAUCCAAUCUCAACACUCUUGACUUGUCCACUAAUAACCUCUUUGGUAGCAUUCCCAAUACCAUUGGUAAUCUCUCCAAACUCUUGUUUCUUAAUCUUUCUGACAAUGAUCUCUCUGGUACUAUUCCUUCUGAAAUAGUACACUUGGUUGGUCUUCAUACAUUGCGCAUAGGUGAUAAUAAUUUCACUGGAUCCCUUCCUCAAGAAAUAGGUAGAUUGAUGAAUCUGAGAAUACUUGAUAUUCCUCGGUCCAAUAUCUCAGGGACUAUCCCUAUCUCAAUAGAAAAGUUAUGCAAUUUGUCUCAUCUAGAUGUCGAAAGCAACGACCUUUCUGGCAACAUUCCACUGAGAAUUUGGCAUAUGAACCUAAAGCAUUUGUCAUUUGCUGAUAAUAACUUCAACGGUUCCAUCCCCAAAGAAAUUGCGAAUUUGAGGAGCAUCGAGACUCUCUGGCUUUGGAAAAGUGGGCUUUCUGGCUCCAUUCCCAAAGAAAUUUGGAUGCUGAGGAAUCUAACAUGGCUUGACAUGAGGCAAUCCAGUUUCAGCGGGUCUAUUCCUCGUGAUAUUGGGAAGUUAAGGAACCUAAAGAUUCUUCGUAUGUCGAAAAGUGGCUUGUCUGGCUCCAUACCCGAAGAAAUUGGGAAGUUGGUUAACCUCCAAAUUCUAUAUCUCGGAAGGAAUAAUCUUUCUGGCUUCAUUCCUCCUGAAAUUGGUUUUUUGAAACAACUUGGUCAACUUGAUUUGUCUGAUAACUUUCUCUCUGGUGAAAUCCCCUCUACAAUUGGAAACUUGAGCAAUUUAUAUUAUCUUUACCUUUAUAAAAACAGUUUAUAUGGUUCUAUUCCUGAUGGAGUGGGAAAUCUCCAUUCACUUUCCACUAUCCAACUGUCGGGCAACAGCCUCUCUGGAGCAAUCCCAGCUUCCAUAGGCAAUUUGGUCCAUUUGGACUCCUUGUUCCUUGAUGGAAAUGAACUCUCUGGGUCCAUUCCUUUCACCAUUGGAAAUUUGUCAAAGCUUGGUGAAUUAUUUAUACACUCUAAUGAACUCACUGGACCAAUCCCAGCUUCCAUAGGCAACUUGGUGAAUUUGGACUCCAUGAUCCUUAAUGUAAAUAAACUCUCUGGGUCCAUUCCUUUCACCAUUGGAAAUUUGUCAAAGCUUAGUACAUUAUCUAUAUCCUAUAAUAAACUCUCUGGGUCCAUUCCUUUCACCAUUGGAAAUUUGUCAAAUGUCAGGGAAUUAGUAUUUAUUGGAAAUGAACUUGGUGGCAAGAUUCCAAUAGAAAUGAGCAUGCUUACUGCUCUGGAAAGUUUGCAGCUAGCUGACAAUGAUUUUAUAGGCCAUUUACCUCAAAACAUUUGCAUUGGUGGAACGUUCAAAAAAAUUUCUGCUGAAAAUAACAACUUCAUAGGCCCAAUUCCAGUGAGUUUGAAGAAUUGCUCCAGCCUUAUAAGAGUCAGGCUUCAGAGAAACCAGCUAACUGGGGAUAUAACAGAUGCUUUUGGUGUACUUCCAAAUUUGGACUACAUCGAAUUGAGUGACAAUAACUUUUAUGGUCAACUUUCACCUAACUGGGGAAAGUUUCGUAGCCUCACAAGCCUCAAGAUCUCCAACAAUAAUUUAUCAGGUGUCAUACCACCAGAACUAGCUGGGGCAACCAAAUUACAACAACUUCACCUGUCCUCAAACCAUCUUACAGGAAACAUUCCACAUGAUUUAUGUAACUUGCCCUUGUUUGAUCUCUCACUCGACAACAAUAAUCUUACAGGAAAUGUUCCCAAAGAAAUAGCAUCAAUGCAGAAACUUCAAAUUUUGAAGCUUGGAUCAAAUAAGUUGUCUGGCUUAAUCCCAAAACAACUAGGAAAUUUGCUCAAUUUAUUGAACAUGAGUCUGAGCCAAAAUAAAUUUCAGGGAAAUAUUCCUUCAGAGCUUGGCAAACUGAAAUUUCUUACGAGUCUUGAUCUUGGUGGAAAUUCUUUGAGAGGAACAAUACCUUCAAUGUUUGGAGAAUUAAAAAGCUUAGAAACACUGAAUCUCUCUCGCAAUAAUCUUUCAGGUGAUCUCUCUAGCUUCGAUGAUAUGACGAGCUUGACAUCUAUUGAUAUAUCAUACAACCAGUUUGAGGGUCCACUUCCAAACAUUCUAGCCUUCCACAACGCUAAAAUUGAAGCAUUGAGAAAUAAUAAAGGCUUGUGUGGCAAUGUCACUGGCUUGGAGCGUUGCUCAACAUCAAGUGGGAAAUCUCAUAAUCAUAUGAGGAAGAAUGUAAUGAUAGUAAUAUUACCUCUUACUUUGGGCAUUCUAAUACUGGCAUUAUUUGCUUUCGGAGUCUCGUAUCAUUUAUGCCAAACCUCAACGAACAAAGAAGACCAGGCUACAAGUAUACAAACUCCUAACAUAUUUGCAAUAUGGAGUUUUGAUGGCAAAAUGGUAUUCGAGAAUAUUAUUGAAGCCACAGAAGAUUUUGACGACAAACAUCUCAUUGGUGUUGGAGGGCAAGGAUGUGUUUACAAAGCAGUGCUUCCUACAGGUCAAGUUGUUGCCGUGAAGAAACUCCAUUCAGUUCCAAAUGGAAAGAUGCUCAAUCUGAAAGCUUUCACAUGUGAGAUCCAAGCUUUGACAGAAAUUCGACAUCGUAACAUUGUAAAGUUAUAUGGGUUUUGUUCACAUUCACAAUUCUCAUUUUUGGUGUGUGAAUUCCUGGAGAAUGGCAGUGUUGAGAAGACUCUGAAGGAUGAUGGACAAGCAAUGGCAUUUGAUUGGUAUAAGAGGGUGAAUGUUGUUAAAGAUGUAGCAAAUGCUUUGUGCUAUAUGCACCAUGAAUGCUCACCUCGAAUUGUUCAUCGUGAUGUAUCAAGCAAGAAUGUUCUUUUGGAUUCCGAAUAUGUAGCUCAUGUCUCAGACUUUGGAACAGCCAAGUUUCUUAAUCCAGAUUCAUCCAAUUGGACCUCAUUCGUAGGAACCUUUGGAUAUGCUGCUCCAGAACUUGCAUACACAAUGGAGGUGAAUGAGAAAUGUGACGUGUAUAGUUUUGGGGUCCUAGCAUGGGAAAUACUUUUUGGGAAGCACCCUGGUGAUGUUAUAUCUUCUUUAUUGGGAUCAUCUCCAUCUACUCUUGUGGCCUCAACACUCGAUCACAUGGCAUUGAUGGAUAAGUUGGACCAACGUCUCCCUCAUCCAACAAAGCCAAUUGGUAAGGAAGUGGCAUCAAUUGCAAAGAUAGCAAUGGCCUGCUUGACUGAAAGUCCACGAUCUCGCCCUACCAUGGAGCAGGUUGCCAAUGAGCUGGAAAUGUCAAGCUCAUCUUUAAUGGAUUAGCUCUACAUUGUCACUUAUAUAGCUGAAAGAUUGAACUUAAUAAACAUGCUUGAGUUUUAAUUGUUCUUUCCUAUUUUUGUAUUGUAUCUUUUUUUUAUAUUGUAGGUCAUUUUAUUUUAGUUUUUUGGGUUUCUGAACUUUAGAUACCUUAACCAAAUUAAUGAUAACAUUUGUAAGCCUUAUUUUUUUCCUAUCAAAAUAAAGGAAACAAA